GUGGGAGGAGUCGAAGCUGGCGGUGGCGGUGGCGGUGGCGAUAGCCUCUUUGAGGCGGUCGAGGGCCCUGACAUGCUCACCGUCCCUUCUCCACCACCAGCCCAGCAGGUGGGUGGGGCUCGUGCUCCUGGGUGGGCCUGGUCUUCUUCUUCUUCUUCUUGCGGUUGGAGAGGUCGAGGGAGCGGUAGAUGUCGUCGACAGUGAGGACGGAGGUGGAGACGAGGAGGCGGUGGAGGUGAGGUUUAGAGGGGACCGCUGUGAGCUCGAUGGAGGUCAUAGACAUCAAACUCGAAGAGGUUGGCGAUGACCCCCGUCCUCUCUCCCAUCGCCGACGCCCCUACACAAGGUCAUUGGGCAUCACCACCAAUGACUUCACCAACUCGACUUGGCAACAAAAUGAAGAAGAUUCAUCUGGUGCUUCUAUCGGCCUUCCUGAAAAAGAGGAAAUCGAUUCCCGUUCCAUCUUUGUUGGCAAUGUUGAUUAUGCUUGCAAUCCCGAGGAGAUUCAACAACACUUCCAGUCUUGUGGCACAGUAAACAGAGUAACAAUUUUGUCUGACAUCUUCGGCCAGCCCAAGGGAUAUGCAUAUGUGGAGUUUGCAGAAGUAGAUGCUGUUCAGAAUGCUCUCUUAUUGAAUGAAACAGAGUUGCAUGGUCGUCCAUUGAGGGUGUUGCCUAAAAGAACCAACAUUCCAGGAAUGAAACAGAACUGGGGUCCUUUUGGUUAUGGAAAAAUUCCAAGGUUUAGGCGAGCAAUGCGCUACAGACCAUACUACUGAAGGGUGUAUGCAUCACUGCAUGGCAAACUCUACUGUGGCAUUCGCCAGGUUGCUGUGCAUGACAUGUGGAAGACCCAGAAUCUUUAAAAGUGAUGGCUCCAGUGUCAAGAACAUUAUGGGACUCAUGACUUUUCUUUGCCCUAUUAAGCCAGAUUUCUAGAUUAGUAUGAACUAAUAUGUUUUAACAUAAGUUAUGUUAUAUGUUUCUCUUUUUUAUUAACUAGAUGUCAGAAGUUGCUCAAACCCAGCUGGAGUGUUUCACCUUUGAUGCAUCAAGAAAGCGCAACUUGGCCCUCUUUUAUGUGGUUCAUAACCUGCCUUGUUUCAGUCAUGAUGGAUGUUACAAGAAAGGAUAGUGGAAAAAGCUAGAAAACACUUGCUACCGAUCACUGGUCAGUUCAUUGAGGGAUGUGGGAGUCGGUGAUUGCCUAGGCAGAGGUGGAGCCUGAGAGAUACCGGACGAACUGAGCGGUGAUCACCGGAUGAAGUCGGUGAUCACCGCAGCCGACGCCUCUAUGUUUGGCAGCAAUCCCUACUGCCACAUCCUGGAUGAGCUGGUGGUGAUCAUUAGCAGCUAAUCGAUAGCAGUACUCAAGGACAGUUCAACUUGCUGACACAAGAUCCUCUUGGCUUGGUCAUAUCACUAUACAUGAUAAUUACUUGGCCACCCUUGUAUUAUAUUGGUCCUUGUUGCACAAUGUGAUGAUGCAUAUGAUACAUGCACACAACACGCACACACAUAUUGUGUCAGCUAAUUAUCUUCAUAAAUGUGAUGAUGUAUAUGAUCCAUGCACACAACAAAUACACACACACACACACAUUGUGUCAGCUAUUUUUCUUUAUUGAGAAUUAGGAUAUGUAGAAGCCCCAGCUAAAAUCAGACUUGAGUGCAGGAUCCAAUCCAUGUCUCUAGAAUCAAGAUAAAUGACUUUACCAACUCUUCCAAUUCGUACCCUCUAGUUGAUGUGAAAGUUAAAUUGCAUUUCAUAAGGCUUGGCUCACUUGGAUAUGAUUUAACCCAUUUAGCAAGCAAAACAAACUCAAUAGAACACAUUAAAGUUCAACAUAUUGUAGACUCAUAAAAAUAAUCAUGUACGAUAAAGUCUUAAAAUCCAUUGUCCUUGCUAUAAGAAACAUAUUCUGUACCACUAGCUGUAAAAAUCAAUGUGAUCAGAAUGUGAAAGAAAGUGGAACUAGAUUAUUUUUAAUAUCCUUUCUGAUUUGAAACUACUUGGAUAUUUACUCUUUCUCCCCCAUCUUCCUCCUACUUUUUUUUUGGAUUUUUCGAAGAAGAAGAUAUAGAGCUACACCACCUUGUAUUGGGUAAAACUAGAGAUCGAAAUCUGGUCUCUAGUAUCACAAGAUGGAGUCUUAUAAACUCCAUCAUCGACACCUUAAUAGAUAUUGGAAGGAUAAUGUUUGAUUUCUUUUAUCUUUUAAUUUUUGUGAGAAAUCAUGAACAGUUUCACCCAAGGAUGUGAUGCUUCUUUUUUCUUUUUGAGAAGAAGAGGGGUGUAUCCUUUAUUUAUUUCAUGAGAUAUAGAAACAAGUAGGAAAUGAAGAAGAGAAAGGAGUCAACUUGAGCUUGAGAACAAACUAGCAAGGAAUUUGAAAUCAGCAGCUGCUUUAGAAUUUACCACAUAGCUCCAAUCUUUUCAGCACCUCCAGAUGUCAAAUAGCAGGACUCCUUGACGGUCUUGCUUUUGCCAUUGAAAACCCUGUCAUUUCUUUGAAGUCAUAAUCUCCACAAAAUAGGUAUGAUUAGAAGCCACCAUCCAGUUCUCAACUACUUAGAAACCUUGAGUUUUUGACUUUGUAUGUCUCUAUAAGCAUGUAGCAACCAUGUGCUUGGAAGUUGAAGCAUGAGCACAGAGAGAUGAUUUGAGUGCAAUGGAGUUGCUUGGAAAUGGCCGGUUGCAGGCCAAAACCAACAAACGAAAGAGAGUACUUACUUUUGGUCUGAUGGAAAACACAAGGUGACCUGUUGAAUAACCAAAAGUUUGAAACCUCACUGACAAAAUAUAGGAAACAAAAUGAAAAUCUUAAAGUACUAAUAACAUGUUCAUGUACAAUGUCUGUUGCUUUUGGCACCUAAUGUUUGGAUUAUUUUUCUCUUGCAUCAGUUGAAAGCAUUCUAUGAGAUAGAUUUUUACCUAUGCUUGCUUAUUUUAAUAUAUUAACCAGUCUGGCCGUGCCUGUGCCUGGACCUCUUUUUCUAUAUUCCUCAUGAAACAAGUUACCAAAGUCCAGAAUAAGCUAGCACUGGAGCCAUGCCUUGAAACACCUGCCUUCCUAACACCCUUUUUUGCACUGUAGUUCGGUAGAAAGAUGUUUGAUUUCAGAGUUAGCAGAGUGACAUGCAUCUAGAUGGACUACGACAAGGUGUGAUUAGAAAUUCAAAUCGAUCCAUUUAAUAGCUAAAGAAUAUUAAACAAAAGAGAGUAAUACUAGAGAAUAUGUUAUUGUAUUAAAUUCUAAUAAUUUUUAUCGAACAUGUCACAAACAUGAAAAUUAAGAUUCAUAGGAAGGUGAAGGGUGUCUGCUAGCUGAAUUGGUAAAGCCUUAUUUUGAUAUAAGGGACUUGGAACCUGUGAGGAUCUGUGCGGGCGUAUGUUUAAUCCCACAUCGAUUAUUCGCUGGAUAGAUCUUGAAUACUUAUACAUGAUUAAAUGGUAUCAGAGCGGAUGAGGUCAUGAGUUAUAGAACUUGGGAUCUGUGAGGACCUAUGCGGGCGUAUGUUUAGUCCCACAUCGGUUAUUCGCUGGUUAUUCGUUGGGUAUGCUUGGUCCCACAUCAGUUGUUCCCCCACUUAUUUUGUUUCACUCUCUUUCAUUUUUAUGCAUUUGAUAAAAGGAUAAACCAGGAUCCUGAUUUGAAGAUGAUCAUUCUUGUAGAAAAUCAAAAGUGUGUAGUUAACGCAUCCAAUAAAAUAGCUCUAUGCAUCCAACAAUAUGCACUUGCGAUGUUAUGCAGAGAGAUUAUUUCAGAUGAAGCAAUAUGAAAAUCUUUGGAACCAGAAGCAGAGUACAGAAGUUGCGAGAGAACUACUUCAAUGUUCAUGCAGAGAGAAUAUUUCAGAUGAAGCAUUAUGAAAAUCUUUGGAACUAGAAGCAGAGUACAGAAGUUGCAAGAGAACUACUUUUGCCAGACUCAGGAUUUUAUUGGGUGUGGACAUAACAGACUUCAGCGACAAGCAGAAAUUGAAAGAUACCCAUUAAAUGCACGCUUUGAUAAUAAGCUUGAGGUUGCUAGAAUGGGUUUCUUUUGGAAAGACCAACAGAGAUACAUCGCUGAUGCAGUCGCAACAAAUUUCAGACAUUGUGAUGCUAGGCUUAUGUGCCCCCUGGAAUGUAAUAAGGUGGGAUUAAAGAAAUUAUUUAUAACAGAACUCAGGCAGAAUCAGAUAGAUAAAACAUUGAAGUCGGAUUUUUUAAUCGUUAGUAUAAUCAAUCAGGUUAAUUUGACCCGA